CAUCCAAUUCGAAGUUAGUUUGCGUUGAAAAUGCCGCGUCUGGUCAGUGCCUCGUCCGUGUUGCUUCUAGUCCUGGGCUGUCUGGUCCUGGGAUCCGGUUCAGCGUCCGCCAAGCCCCACGAGGAGAUUUCCGAGGAGCAUGCCACCAAACUGGGUCACGAAUGCCAAGCGGAGACGGGAGCCACAGAUGAGGAUGUGGAGCAGAUGAUGAAGCAUGAGAAGGCCGAGAGCCAUGAGGCCAAGUGCCUGCGUGCCUGUGUCCUGAAGAAAUUGGAAAUGCUGGAUGAGGCCGGCAAGCUGAGCAAGAAGCACGCUGUGGAUAUCAUCAAGGCCAUAACCAAGCACGAGGAUGAGAAGGACGACGUGGCGGCCGAAGUGGCCGAACACUGUGAGGCCAUCGAAGUCCCUGAGGAUCACUGUGAUGCCGCCGAAGCCUACCAGAACUGCAUCUACGAGCAGAUGAAGGAGCACGGCCUGGACCUGAAGCACUAGACCCUGAACCGAAAUGACCAUUUGAACCACAAGCGCCUCUAUGGAACCCAAUAUGUAAUUGUUUUUUUUUUUGUAUAAACUACUAGCAACUAGUUCUUAAGAAUCAAUAAACGGAGCAACUUUA